UGUGGGAGAUCUGGCAGUGACACUAACACUGCCACUGCCACACGGUUACAGUUCAAUUAGAUGGUAUGCGGCGGUGAUGUGAGGUCUAUGGUUCUUCAACUCGGAAUUGCGAUUCGAUUUGGAACCUUCAACAAAGGCCUCUCACUUCAACAACAUCUCAAUUGCAUCCGCAUUCCAAGCAUCGCUCAUUUUCCGAAUCGUGGAUUCAAGACCAUCACAAGAGUAAUGGAUGACAACUCUUCUAUGCCGCGUGUAGCAACCCCUGUGCUCGAUAUCAUGGGUUUUCCCAGUGGUGCCUGGAAAAGCGAAGAUGGAAGACUUAGCUGUGGAUAUUCAAGUUUUAGGGGGAAGAGAGUGACCAUGGAGGAUUUCUAUGAUAUAAAGACAUCAAAGAUAGACGGUCGAUUGGUGAGCUUAUUUGGAAUAUUUGAUGGUCAUGGUGGUUCUCGUGCUGCUGAGUAUUUAAAGGAGCAUCUAUUUGAUAAUCUCCUGAAGCAUCCAAAGUUUUUGAAGGAUACUAAAUCUGCCAUAAGUGAAACAUAUCAGCAGACUGAUGCCGACUUUCUGGAUUAUGAAAAAGAUACUUUCCGGGACGAUGGUUCCACAGCUUCAACAGCAGUUUUGGUUGAUAACCAUCUUUAUGUUGCUAAUGUCGGAGAUUCUAGAACUAUAAUAUCAAAAGCAGGAAAAGCAAUUGCUCUCUCUGAGGAUCAUAAGCCUAAUAGGAGUGAUGAGCGGAAGAGAAUAGAGAAUGCUGGCGGUGUUGUCAUGUGGGCAGGUACUUGGAGGGUUGGAGGGGUGCUAGCAAUGUCUCGUGCUUUUGGCAAUCGUAUGCUGAAGCCGUUUGUCGUAGCAGAACCGGAGAUCCAGGACCAGGAGAUAGAUGAAGAAACUGAGCUGCUUGUUCUUGCAAGUGAUGGACUCUGGGAUGUAGUACCAAAUGACAUUGUUCUCUUUGAUACUUUGGAUAUUGUCAUCCUUUGUUUGUUCAGGAUGCUGUUUCUCUUGUCCGAACAGAAGAGGAGGCGGAGACAGCUGCUCGUAAGUUAACAGAAGCGGCAUUUACCCGUGGCAGUGCAGAUAACAUAACUUGCAUUGUGGUGCGUUUCAAUCAUGAAAAAGCAUACCCAGUUAAUUCUGACAAAGCAGAUCCAGCUAGUAGUAGCCAGCAUGAAUAGACAAUGAAAUCAUCGCGCAUGUGUCACAUUUAUUCACUGUUCAGGGCAAUGUUGAAUGAGCACACUGAGCUCUGCUGCACAUGCGCCAUGGAUGGAUAACAGUGCACGCCAACAAGUGAUUUGUUUAUUCGUUAGUUUUGUAAUGUAAAGUCGCUCUUGUUUCGUGACCGUGGAUGGAUGGAUGGAUUCAUGGUCUUCCCAAAGCCAAAACUAACAAUAUUUCCCCAUGAAUUAGUUUACGGCUUGGAAAUGCCUCAGUUUGGUAUUUUUGUUUUUCUCUAAUAAAUGCAAAGUGCAUCUUUUUGGGUG